GGCUGAGUCCCCCGACCAGCAGUCAUUCAUUACUGUAGUGUAGCGAGGAGCCCGGAGGAAAAACACACACAGAACUACCUUGUUAUCAACAGCAGCCUUCCAAUAUGAUGAACGGCGAGAUGAACGGGUUUCACAACUCCCUCAUCGAGGAGGAUUGCUUUCUGUUCACCUCAGAGUCGGUCGGAGAAGGACAUCCCGACAAGAUCUGUGACCAGAUCAGUGAUGCAGUGCUGGACGCUCAUCUCAAACAGGAUCCUGAUGCCAAAGUUGCUUGUGAAACUGUUGCCAAGACUGGGAUGAUCCUGCUGGCAGGUGAAGUCACAUCACGUGCCACAGUGGACUACCAGAAAGUUGUGCGUGAUACAAUCCGUCAAAUUGGAUAUGAUAACUCUGCCAAAGGUUUUGACUACAAGACCUGCAAUGUUCUUGUGGCUUUGGAGCAGCAGUCUCCUGACAUCGCUCAAGGUGUUCACAUUGACCGCAAUGAGGAAGACAUUGGAGCAGGGGACCAGGGUUUGAUGUUUGGAUAUGCAACUAAUGAGACAGAGGAGUGCAUGCCUCUCACAAUUGUCCUCGCCCACAAGCUGAAUGCUAAGAUGGCUGAACUGCGCCGCAAUGGGACCCUUCCAUGGCUUCGACCAGACUCAAAGACACAGGUUACUGUACAGUAUCGUCAGGACCGUGGUGCAAUGCUCCCUGUACGAGUGCACACAAUUGUCGUCUCUGUUCAGCACGAUGAGGACAUCUGCCUGGAGGAGAUGAGGGAUGCUCUGAAGGAAAAGGUCAUCAAGGCUGUCGUUCCCUGCAUUUAUUUGGAUGAUGACACCAUAUACCACCUGCAGCCAAGUGGGCGAUUUGUCAUUGGAGGCCCACAGGGAGAUGCCGGCCUCACUGGGCGUAAAAUCAUUGUCGACACUUAUGGAGGCUGGGGAGCUCAUGGUGGUGGAGCGUUUUCUGGGAAGGAUUAUACCAAGGUGGACCGCUCUGCUGCUUAUGCAGCACGCUGGGUAGCCAAGUCUCUGGUCAAGGCUGAGCUCUGCAGGAGAGUGUUGGUACAGGUGGCCUAUGCCAUUGGAGUUGCCCAUCCCCUCUCCAUUUCUAUCUUCCACUAUGGAACCUCCAACAAGAGUGAGAGAGAGUUGCUUGACAUUGUGAGGAAAAACUUUGACCUUCGUCCCGGAGUCAUUGUCAGGUAAUGUAUAGCAUCAGAUGUUAAAUGAAAUGACAUCUCCCGGAUCCUUUGUUUCCAGUCUCGUAUCUUUGUCUUUAUACUGUUGCCCUGCUUAUGGUUAAGUACAUUUUUAAAAUCAUUGACAUGAAUAUCACUUUAUCACAUCACCCUGCAUUACUUUUUCUAUUGAGAAACUGGGUUCAUUUUAUCACUUCCUAUUUGAAGGGCAUAGUGCAUUAAUGCAUGUUGUGGCAAGUGUCAUGUUUUGUAACUGGCGAAAAGAGGCCAUGCAGCUCAGGUAGAUGUUUCUUUUUGUAAAUUGGAGUGGUUUCCAUCUGAAAACAGUGGUGCCUUGUAGGUUGGUGGGUAAGUGACACUUCACAUUUCCCAUCUUUACCAGCCAGGUGUUGCGGUCACUCUUGACACUGCUCUGGAUUCAGUGAGCAUUAUGCAUGUGUGAGUAUGGAUGUGUACUUCAGGUUUUAGGGUGUUUCUGUUGCUAAGUGUGUUGAUUAUGUAUUCCAGGGAUCUGGAUCUGAAGAAACCCUUCUAUCAGAGGACAGCAGCUUAUGGCCACUUUGGCCGAGACUCCUUCCCAUGGGAGGUACCCAAAAAGCUCAAAUACUAAACGUGUUAAGCUUUUCCCCCUAGGCUUGUUGGUGUAUACUACAGAGAAGCCUCCAAGGUUCCAGGGGUGAAAUGCACUACUCUCUCUUUCAUAAUGACAGAUGAGUUUCUCUCUCUCUCAUAUCUUCUUCCUCUGUCGUGUUACUGUUUUCUGCUGGUUGCACCAUUGUGCUGGGUCCUAGGAGGCAUGCCUCAAAACUUUGUAAAGGCUUGGAUGGGUUCCAUGAACUCAUGCUUCAUAGUACUUCGUUGUCAUGCUUUCUCACAAUAGCAGCGUUAUCCUUUUGGCAUUCCGCUCUCAUCAGUAUCACUAGUCUUUAAUUCUGCCAUUGUGGUAGCAUAUUUGUCAAUACGCAACACCACUCUUGAUUUACUGGUGUUACUGAUUGUAGGAGUCUACAUGACAUCUUAAAGUUUACUGGUCCCCCCCCCUUUUUUUUUUUUUCUUUAACAAAAUUUGAGGGUCCUUUUUUUUUGAUCUGGUAUCAUCUCCUCCUGCAGUUUUUUCCUCAAACAUUCCUUCAUAAGUCUCCUACAGUUAUUCCUCGUCCAAUUUAUCCUUUUUGUUGCCUUUACUCCCUCACACUGGAGGAUGCUAGAACGGCACAAAUAAAAUUCAAAUGUUGUGGUCUUCACUUGAAAAAGAGAAAAAAAAUUAAAAUGCUAUGCAUUUCAGAGCAAGGGCCAAGCCAAAUCUUAAUUAUACAAGCUCAAAUGAGCAUACGGCCUCAGACACCCCCCUACAGACCUUUGCUGUUUUCUGGCGUAAUACAGAAAAGUCAGAAGCUGCUAUGUCACUGCUCAGGUCUGCAGAGGUAUUGGAUAUACUUGGUGGUGAGAAAAUAUGCUUGUUUGUGCAUUUGAAAUAACAUUUUUAAAUUAGUAUCUUUUUUAAGUGUAGUUUCAAUUGCUUUUUAUGGUUACGAAGUUGUUCCUUAAGGUAAUUGAUGGCAGGUGUGGCUACAGAGAAACCUGUUUCCCAUCUUUAUCUUGAAGGAAUGUGGCUUCAUCAUGGUCUAUUUGGUUAGGAAUAAAAACCUGUACACUAUUUAUUUGUUCUCUGAAACGUGGCAUGGCUACAGAGAAGCUGAUGUUUCAGAAGGCAGCUUUAAACAGGCGGUUCUUGAAAUCCUUUUGACUUGAUCAUUUCAGUGUUUGUCUUGAGGCCCCAGAGUGUCGUACAGAAAAGCUUUGGACAUCCUCAAGAAAGUUACUGACAACUGUAAAUGACUUCGCUUUUUUUUUUUUAUUAUUAUAGCCCUUUAUUUUUGACCCCUCCCCCCCCUGCCUUUUUUAUUUUUUGUGAGUGGGUUAGUUUGGAAGUCCCAAUAAAAAAAAUAUAAGUAAAUACCCGGUGCAAUUUCUUUCUUUGCUCUUGCCUAUCAUUAAUGCGAUGGCAACAUUCUGCUGGUGUAGUACAGAGUAACCAGCAUUGUUUACAUAGCCAUCCCAAGAGUAAGGAGGUUUCAAGUUUGGUAUUCUUCCCUUUAACGACUCAGAGGUCAUCCCGUUGGUUACAGUAAGUGUAAGAGUGCCUUUUCUAUUUCCUCGACAACCAAUUUGCUUUUCUCCCUUCCCACCAACACUGAACCUCCCCAGAGGAACAAGUAGAUCAUAUAUGCUUCAUGUAUAGACCUGUUUCCUGAUGCUCUGUAAUAAACACUUCAUUUCAA